AUGGCAUCCCUCCUGUCAUACGUGCCGCUGGUCAAUCGACUAGUGUCGACUGGCGAUGAACCACAGACAGUUAACCUCCCUCCCGUCGAAGUGCACAGUGUUGAAGCGAAUCCGGACAAAACACCACGCACCCUCAAACAUCUCCUAAAGGCAAACCAUGUCAACCACUCCAUUCUUUACCACAAUCUCCAGUUUGACAACCACUUGCCCCAUAUCCUAUGCUCAGCCUACCAUCUCGGCGCCGAGUCACGCCAGCUCUACCACAUCUACGAUGAAGAGUCCAAAACUCUCGAACCAUGGAAGGACUCGCCUUCUCAGAUGGCCGAGGAUGACUGGCGGGAUUACUUGGGCGAUAAGCGGUACCAACGGGCCUUUGUGGAUUUCUUUGAGGAUGCCCUCGCUAUGAACCAUGCCUACGACUGGAAGGGUGUGAUUAAAGAGUAUAUGUUCAAGGGCGAAGAGCCUCUGAUUAACUGCCUCAUCGGUGGCCUCGGCCACCCUCUCAUCCACCUUGGCUACGCCUACGAGUUCGACAGCCGCGAAAUUGCCAUGGAAGCCCUCGGUCUCGCCGCAACGCAGUACAACUUCCUGCACAAAUACUCCGACGACCCCUCCUACGCCCGCCCCGCGCCCUUCUCCUCCACCUCCCCCCUCGAACUAAUCAACAAGCUCGCCUCCGAUACCCGCUUCGACGGUCUCUUCAAGACGCCAGGCUACGCCAACAUCGAACCCCUCUUCCAGCAACACGAAUCCCUCAUCCUCGAGUACUGGAACGCCUGGGACAUCUCCACCCCCUCCACGAAAUCCACCACCGACCUAACCUCCCUCUUCCGGUUCUCCCAAGAAGCCGCCGUCGCCCUGCUCGUGGCCACCGUACGGCCCGGCACGCACGCGUACAACUUCUUCGUCGUGCACGUGCUGACCACUAGCCACGCCGUGCGUAUCCUGCUGCCGCUGAUGCCCGCCAAGUGGCACGCCCCGCUCGUCCGCCAGUGGUGGCUGCUCGCCCUGGCCGUGUACAUCGCCGUGCUGCGGCCGGCCGUCGAUCCCGACUAUGUCGACCCCGGGGAUCUGAAGGGCCGCGGGUGGAAGUAUGUGGAGAAUAGGGCGUUGGAUUCGGAGUGGAGGACCGAUGCGCAUUUUGUUAAGGCUGUGCGGGCGAUGAGGGAGGCUGCGAGGACGUGGGGGGAUGUGCAUAACCGCUAUCUUGCUGCGGCGGUCAAGUUUGUGGACGGCUUUGAGGGGUGGGUGCAUUGA